GCCAUCUUCCUGUUCGACAGGAUCUUUGGGUGGUCCGGCCUGCCUGGAGCAGGAAGCGGUGAGCUAGCAACGAGCAGCGUUUUUGGGAGCCUUCACGAAUCACUCUGCGUUGUCAACAACCGUGAUCAAUGCCUCGGUGCUGUUAAAAGAUGGACAACCUAUACAGGCAAGAAUGUGCAGCUUUGAAGGACACAUUUUUGGACAGUUUUUGAGAGACUGAGGACUUUUGUUUCCAACUCCUUAUGGAAAAUAGUUUUGUGAGUGUUUGGAUAGUUUCUCUUCAUCUCACAUAAGUGAUGCCUUCAGCACAUGGACCACAUCAUUUCAUUAUGGAAAGGCAGAAAGCAUUGAAUAGUGUCUCUUCAACACAAUUCGGUGGAGAGCCAUGUACCUUCAUCUGCACAGAGUGUGGUGAUGGGUUUUCUCAUUACACGCAAGUGCUAGCCCACAUGGCCAUUCAUGGACCUUUGGAAUCGUUUUCCUUUGACGGCUCAUCCAACGGAUUUGAAGUCCCUCGCGAAUACGUGCUGCAGGAAAAUGGCACACUGGCAGUUGUAAACGGCUUUUCACUGUCGCAUUCCUCUGUGAAACCACCAUCUCCUGGAGUCCUUCCACAUUUCACACCCGUUGCCAAACCUUUGUCUCCUAAUCCAAGGCCACAGUCCAUUCCAGAGCCAAAUACCCAGAAGUCAUUGAACGUGAAUGGUCCAAAGGAAAAGCCUCCCCAGGUCGAUUACCGUUGUGAAAUAUGUAGUAGAUCGUUCAACAGCUUGCAUACUUUACGUUGCCACUAUCAGUACAGAAAAGGAGAGCAAAGUUUCAGGUGUACUUUGUGCUGCAGGCCCUUUGAAGGUCGACAAGCGCUGGAGACGCACCUCCAAGAACAUGCAAGAGAACGGUUCUAUUCCUGUAGUCAUUGUGGAAAGCGAUUCAUUAAAGCAUAUGCUUUGGUUGCUCAUCAAAAAGAAAGUCGUCAUAUUGCCACUCCUGGUAAUUCAGAGAACAAUGAGGAAAACAAGUUUAACAAAACUUAUCCAUGUCGGAAAUGCAAGUUACAUUUCUUUUGGUUGUCAGAUUUUCAGACUCAUGCACAGCACCAUUGCAAAGGUAAAGCAUCUAAUGCUACAUUUGCAUCUGAAAUUGAGGUGAAGUCCAAAAACAAUAAUGACAGACUACUUGAAAACUGUUACAGUAAUGGAAACUUUACUGACCUUAAGGAUGGUCAUGAAAUGAGUGAUCAGAAUACAAGCUACAACAUUGACGCUACACACUCUUUCACACCGUACAGAUGUGGUUUAUGCGGGAAUCGUUUCCCAAAUUUAAUCACACUUAAAGAGCAUCAGCUCACACAUCAGAAUAAGGAAUUGUAUCAUCUGACUCCAGAAUUGAUCACCCCGAAGCAAAGAAUAACACUUAAAUCUCGACAUAGAAGGGCAAAAAGUAAAAAUGGAAAACGAUAUCCCUGUAAAGUUUGUCAGCGUGUCUUCAAUCAUUCAAGUAGUUUGUCGAGGCACAUGAGAUAUCAUAAGGGUACUAUGCACAAAUGUACAUUAUGCGGUAGGCAUUUCCCGCAGCGCUGUGAUCUAAUGAGGCAUCUAACUCUGAAACACAAAGCUGAAAUAGAAAAGAAAACAGGGUUGAAACAAUUGCUAUUGCGACCAGAGAGUCAAAAUUCAGGCAAUAAACAGUCUGUAUCAGAAGUAGAUCAAGAGGGGAUGAAACCAAAGAAAACAGGCCGGGUCAAAUAUAAGUGUCAAGAAUGUGGGAAGAGAUUUGGGCUGGCAUAUGUUUACCAGCGUCACUUGCGCUAUCACAAAAGAUGUCACUAUAAGUGUCCCAUAUGUCCUGCGAAAUUUAUGACUGCUUCCUCACUUGAGGUUCACCUUAAGAAUCACCCAAGCGGUUGGGAAAAACCCAAUGUCGAACAAUCAUUUCAUGCCACUGACACAAAUGGGAAGUCUGUGAAGAGCCAUGCAGAUGAUAUUGAGGACAAUGACACAGUGGACCACACCCAAAAUGAUAAAAGAAAUUCCAAUGUUGUCUAUGAAUGCACUGAGUGCACAGAGACAUUUUCAUGCUUGGAGCUGUUUCUUCAACACCAGACUUCUCAUGGCUUCGAAAAAAAUGGGUAACUAUGUUUGACCUGUCAUUGAUAUUGCCAAGAAUGGAGCUCUCAAGAGUUGAGCAUUUUCUUACGUGUAAAUGAUAACAAUAUUGAAAGUACAUUUGCUGCAGUUCUAUUAGAAUUUUUAUACAGUUUUCUGUGGCGUAAGGACAGAAUCUCUUUCUGCAAAUGAGAGUAUUUUCAAAAGCUCUGAAGAAUACUAAACAGUUCUGCAGUUCUAGUACAACAUAUAAUGUUAAAUAGCUGAAAUUUGAUUGUGAACAUUUUCUCACAGUCUAACAUUGAAGUUUACCAGAAAAUUCCACUCAAUACCUGGAGAAAUAAGGAAUGUUACUUUCCAAGGUUUUGUCAAAGGCAUACCACAUUUGUCACAAUUUGCAUUCAUUUUUAUAUUUUCUUCCUUGUAUCCAAUCUGUAAUGCAACAGGAUGGUUAUUCAUUGUGAUUUUAUUUUUUUAUUUUUUUUUGUCCGAUUAAAUUUAUUAAGAGAAAUUACUGAAUGUUGUCUACUUUUUAGUCCCUCUUUUGACCAUGUAUUAUUAUUUUUUUUUGUAUGGAAUUGGAGUACAAUAUUUAAGGCAUUCUCAUAGCGUGGCUACAACACAAUAACCUUUGACAAUUCUAGGGUAAUCCAAUGUAACUGUUGGAGGCACAAAUUUAAUUCACAUGUUCAUUUUCAGAGUGAGUGGCAAUUGCUUGCCCCAUAGGCAAUAGGAAUUUUGACACUGAGUGUUUAGGAGAAAGUGUGCCUUAAAAGGGUGUCUCACCUGCAGACAUACUCUUGAUUUUAUUUUAGGCAUAUUAUGUUACUAUUUAAAUUAUUUUCACCAACGUACAUGGAAGGAUAAAGUUUAAGAUAAGGGAGAACACGUACAACUUUGGUGCAGAUCUGGAUAAAGAUCCAAGGUGUCGUCUUCAUUUCUUUGGAUGUUGUUAAUGUUAUUUUGGCCACUUACUUAGGUGUGUUAGAAAAGUUCCAGGACUGGUAUCAUAAAAGAUAUAUUUCAAAUCCAAAUUACAAACUACCAGUUUCCCCUACCACGUAAUCCCCCUGAAGUCUUAACACACAUUCCCAGUCUUUGCAAUGCCUUCAUGCACUCAUGAAACGAUUCUUCCCAGAUCCUCCGCAGCUCCCUAGUCUUGGCCAUCUUGAUGUUGGCUAUGUCUUCAAAACAGGUACCCUUGAUGAACCCCUUGAGGAAAGAAAUCACACGUAGCUAGGUCGGGGUGAGAAGGGAGAUUGCACCAGCAUGGUGAUGUUCUUCUCAGUUAGGAACUGUCAGAUGCUCAGGGCAUUCUGAGGAGGCGCGAGUUGUUCUACCACAACUAUAGUCUCUUCUCGCACUAAGCAAAGCAAAUCCCGCAAAAUCUCUUUGUCGAUGUACUGGUUGACUGUUGACUCUGGCAAAAACUCACUGUGGACGAUGCACCUCACAUCGAAGAAGCAAUCAACAUGACUUUGGACUUUGUCUUGCUUUCUGCGGCCUUGGCGACAUCUGACUCAUCAAUUGAGACUGUCGUUCAGUCUCAGGGUUGUACUCAAAGAUCCAUGACUCCUCACCAGCAAUGACCCCCUAGCAAAGUGUUGUCUCAUUGGUCUCAUCAUCUGUCACUCUGCUCAAUGGUUGACAAAUUGACAGAGGGGACAUGUAUUGAAAAUCAUGUAGGGGAAAAAAGUGCAAUGGCUGCAGAGAGCUGAGGUCACAGUUAUAAAUUCCAGGGCGUUCACAUUGAAGGGAAAACCCUUAGUUUGGGUUUGAAAUUUAUCUUUUAUGACACCAGUCCUUGAACCGUUCUAUCACACCUAGUAUGUCAUCUGGGCAAGGAUCCCUUAUGUAUGACUCAAUUUACAACGCUGUUAGGUGUUUCACCUAAAUCGGCUACAGUACCCUCUUUCACACUGGCAAUCAAAGAUGACAUUUUAUUGAUUGAUUGAUUUUUUUAUUUUUUAUUUUACCCCUUGGGGGGGGUUGAAGUCGACAUUGCAGCCAGCUGUGACAAGUAUUACGUUGAACACCGGUAAGACCAACUGUCCACGCCCUCUUCUGUUGAAAAUAGUUGUUUCCAUUGCACUGAUGUCACACACAUUCAAUUAUUUUAUUGGGCCAAGCCCCAACUGCUGUGUGAAUGCGCACUUUGGAUGCAGCAAUGUUCUGCUUUGAUGAGUUUUGCACUCUUGCUGAGUGCCCUUCUAGUUCCCAUUAUUUUACAUAAUGUAAUCCCUGGCCGGGUCUACGUGGAGCCGUAUAUUCUGAUUCAAUCUUUUUAUCUACUUGUAACUUGUUUUUAUCAAGUUGUGCGUUAAGUGAAAAACGAAUCUCAACUACUGUCCUAAAUAGACAACUGACCUCCAUCUCGAUAAAUCGUGAUGUUUACAUCGAUCUGCACGUCACACGGCUGUUCUGAUUAAAUGUUGUGCUUAUGUAUACACCAAAUUGGAAUAGAUCACAUCACAUGUUGACCAGAGAUCUUUAAUCCAAAUGAAUUUAAUCGGAAUGACAAAAAGGUCUGCAUGUAAAUCUGGCAAAUGUAAAUCACUCAGCACAACCUUGAUACUUGAAGUGGCAGUAAUACAGAACACAUCCUUCAAAAUGUUUUAGAUGACUGUGAAUUUUACACUGGUACCUUGACUUAUAUGUUCAGUUUGUUCCGUGACCAAGCUCAUAACUUCAUUUAGUCGUACAUCAAAUCAGUGUUCCCCUAUGAAGUUAAAUGCCACUAAUUUGUUCCAUCCCCCAAAAAACACCACCAUUUUUGGGGGUGUUUGUAAUAAAGACUGCACUUCUGAAUGAAGAAAAAUAAACGAGAAAAGAGAAUUAAAGAAAAUAGUUUUGUAACGUGUCAUUAUCGUACAUACUGUUGUAUUUGUUCGGGAUGUGCGCCUUUAGGGAUGUGGACUAGUGACUAACAUCAGGAGCUGGAGCAGGUUGGUUCAGUGUGAGCAUCUGGGUGUGAGUUGGCGGUGGUUGUUCUUGACAGUAUGUACCAUUCAAUAAACAGCUGAAAGUCCAUCAGCAACUGUGGCUAUCCUUGCCCACUUGUGAGGGCAUUAGUGUAUCUAAAUUGCUUUAUUUCAUUUUCUCACUGGAGCGGUGAUGUAUUUGAAGCUCGCAUAAAACUUUAUUUUUUAUUUUUUUUAACUCGUAACACAUUGCAAAAAAGUCGACCAAGCGAUGGGUUCUAACACGAAAAAAUCUGAAGUUGGGGCACUGGGGAUGUAACUCAAGGUACCGCUGUAUUUGGAAUCGCAGGGUUUUAAUAAUGUGUAAACGUUAAUACAAAUAUUCUUCUUGGGUCAGUAGCCUUUGAAUUACACUGGGUCAUAACAGUUGUACUGCUACAAACGUUUGGACACUGGUUUUCAAGCUGUGCAUAUUUGAGACGGAAUGAAAUGGUAGUACCGUUCAGUCCGCUUAGAUACAGUCUGUCAACUUUCCAUUUGAGUCUAGUCUUCAAACCAACGUAUGGGACCUGUCACCAGCACUACCUCUAAUGGUAUACUACUCAUUUUACCAGUUUGUGUCCUGGAGAUAUGUACAAAACUCAGCAAAUCAGGCUCAGAGUGCUGUACGUGUUUCACUGAUUGUGUUACAUUGUAAAAUAUUGAACCUUUUCUAUGAUUAAACUGCAAAAUGAUUACAUGA